UUAGCCGCCCAUUCAAAUUGAAGAAUCCAAAUGGAGAUGGAGAAGAAGAGCAAAGUACUGAUAAUUGGAUCAACUGGAAAUCUAGGGUACCAUUUAGCACAUUUUAGUAUCAAAUUCUGUCACCAAACUUUUAUUCUUGUUAGGGACUCUGCUUAUACUGACCCAAUUAAACUACAAAAGAUUAACUCUUUAUCUGAUGCUGGAGCCACUGUUCUCAAGGGGUCUUUGGAGGAUGAGAAGAGCCUUGUUGAGGCAGUGAAGCAAGUGGAUGUGGUGAUAUGUUCAAUUCCAUCAAAACAGGUUCUUGACCAGAGACUUCUUAUUAGAGCUAUUAAAGCAGCUGGGUGUAUCAAGAAGUUCAUUCCAUCAGAAUUUGGAGCAGAUCCAGAUAAAGUUCAAAUAUCUGGCAUGGACUAUAACUUCUAUUCGCGGAAAUCUGAGAUUCGGCGUCUUGUAGAAGCUGAAGGCAUUCACUAUACUUACAUCUGCUGCAACUUUUUAAUGAGAUAUUUACUUCCAUCAUUAGUUCAGCCUGGUUUAAUGACUCCGCCCAGGGACAAGGUCACAGUGUUCGGAGAUGGAAAUGUUAAAGGCGUCUUUGUGAAGGAUGAGGAUGUUGCUGCCUUCACCAUUUGUGCUAUUGAUGAUCCACGUACAUCAAACAAGGUGCUGUAUUUGAGGCCACCGGGAAAUGUCUACUCAAUAAAUGAGCUAGUUGGGAUUUGGGAGAGCAAGAUUAGGAAAAAGCUUGAAAAGAUUUAUAUACCAGAAGACCAACUUCUUGUCAAAAUCAAAGAGACUCCAUAUCCAGACAAUAUGACUCUGAUUUUUAUAUACUCAGUCUUCGUUAAAGGAGAUCACACAUACUUUGAUAUUGAAUCUUCUGGAGGGUUAGAUGGGACACAGUUAUACCCGCAGUUAAAAUACACUACGAUCAGCGAGUAUCUGGAGACCUUAGUAUAACAUUGGAAGGAUCUUAACUUCUAGCAUCUUUAUCUGCUUGCUACAAUUGAUUUAGGGACUGGCCGAAGAUAUUUUCUCCAGAACCUGAUCGGAAUGUUAAGAAGUAUUUUUGCAAGGGAAUGUAAGAGCUUAUACAAUGAUGUACUUCUCAUAAUAAUACGUGAAGUGCUUGGAGUUAGUUGUAUCAUAUGCAUUCUCUUGAAUAAUUGGUUCUUGUGAUGGUCGGAACCUCGUACUCCAUUCAAUUUAUCAACAUCAUGCCAGUCCUUAUCUUGACUCUGGCAGAUUUUCGUUGA